GGCAUCAUUAACUCCUUACCAUCCCCUUGCACAUCAGUUGCAAAUGUCCAAGCACUGAGUAGCGUAGCAGAGCAGUGUGCGGCAACGAGCGCAGUGUAGCGGUGGCACGCACACGUCGCCACGCGAAUCGGCGUCGCCAUGGGAGCGCCGGAGGCGGACAAGAAGAAGGUGGAGGAGAAGAAGAAGGUGGAGGUGAAGACGGCCAUGUACAAGGUGUACGUCCACUGCGGCCAGUGCGCGCGCGACAUCCAGACGCAGUUCACCGAGUUCCAAGGGGUUGAGGAGGUGAAGCUGGACGCUAAGGCAGGGAAGGUGACAGUGAAGGGCGUCGGCUUCGACGUCGAGAAGCUCAGGAAGAAAGUCGAGAAGGGUUGCAGGAAGAAGGUCGAGCUGAUUGUUCCUCCCAAAAAGGACGACGUCGUCAUUGAGGUCAAGAAAAAGGAGGAGGAGUUGAAGAUCAUCACAGUAAAGGUUCCCUUGCAUUGCCCCGAUUGUGCAGUAAGGGUCAAAGAGAUUCUGCUGGAGCACAAGAGUAUCUAUGCGGCCAAGACGGACCACACCAAGAACACCUGCACCGUCGAGGGCGUCAUCGACGAGAAGAAGCUGGUCGAGUAUAUCUACCAGAGGACGCGGAAGGGGGCUGUCGUCGACAAGAUCGAGAAGAAGGUGAUCAUCAAGGAGGAGAAGGUCGAGGUGAAGAAAGAGGUGAAGAAAGAUGAGAAGAAAGAGGAGAAGAAGGAGGUCAAGAAAGAGGAGAAGAAGGUCACGGAGGUCGUCGCCCCCUACUUCAUCCCCUGCACGCACCCGCGGUUCGUCGACUUCUCGCACCCGUUCCACCGCGGCGGCGGCGGCGGCUACGGUUCGCCGUGCGGCGAUGGGGGUUACGGCUACGGCGGCUGCGGCGGGUACCCGUACGGUGUCAGCUACACGCACUCCGAGCUCACAGGAUACCGUGACACGGCGUUCUUGCACUGCACACACCCAAAUGAGUUCAUCAGCGAGGAGAACCCGUAUGCGUGCUCUGUGAUGUAGAAUUUUCUUUGCAGGUGGAUUCAUGUCUCGAGAAUAAAUGUAACACUAAGAACAAUAUAAUAUCGAUAGCUCAAAUUUUGCUUCAGCUCAGACGAUUGGUUAUUUUA